ACCACUAUUCCAAAGCUUUAGAAAUGGUUUUUUUAUCAGGCAGUUUGACAACACGACAAAUUGAAACACACAUAUUUUUGCUGUCUGUAAAAUGACAUGUUGGAAAGAACAAAAGUCGUAGGAUCGUUGAUCGUUAAUAUUAAUUGAUUUUUUUAUAAGAAAAUGUUUGAUCUGGAAUGUUAUUAUUGCUUAUAUUUGAAUUAAUGCGUAUUCAAGUCUUGCGGCGACGGCUAGUCGUCAUCAGGGUUAACUACAGGCUUGUCCGUUCAUCGUAGCUUGCAGCGACAAAACAAACGAGAAAAUCAGACAAUCAGAGUAAUUGUAGGUACACUGAAGGUGCUUUUGAGAAAUAUUAAGUUCGGUAAAAGCCGGCCGUAGCAAACGAGUUCUCGAUAUUACUGGGUAAUGAAUUCCUUCUCCUAGAUAUAAUUGUAAACCAACUGAAUUCAAAUACUAAGCUUUAACUUUAAUAUUAACUCAAACUACGAAUCUACUAAACUAAAAGUAUACAUACAAUGAACCAAGAUUAAAACCAUAUUUUUCACGUUAUAAUCCAAUCAUUUGGUAUCUUAAAAUUUUUCGUUCAUACGUAAUGGAAUGGAAUAUGGGCUUGCAAAAAUAAUUGGGAAACCUUAGGGAAAGAGAGCCGUUAAAAGAGAAAAAAAUUUAAAUUCUAGCUGACGAUGUUUUUAAUCAUAUCAAUCCCAUAAAUCGAAAUAGUGUUAUCAAUAUCAAGCAAAUGACAUAUUUUUUAUAAUUUGUCGUAUUUUUAUACUUUUCUUAAAAGUUCAUAGAACAAGGGCGAAAAACAAUAUAUAAAUAUAGAAAAAAAUUUGCAGUGUAUGCAUCUUGAUGAACUUGGCAUAACUGUUUUCAAAUAUAUAUUUGCAAGUCAAGCAAGUAAACAGAAAUCAGCUGUGGUGAAAAAAAAAUAUCAAAAACAAAAGUAAAACAACCGCUGCAGUUACUAUUAGACAGAUUAUAGAGCUUAUCUUUAUUAAAAUAAACAAAGUUGAACGUCUAAUACAGUGAUAAGACAUUAAUUAGUUGUAUAUUAGACGUAUAAGCAAGAGUACAAUAAAACGCGAUCCAACGCAAACAAAGACUAACAAAUUUUGAGGGCAUUACUGCAAAAGUAUAGAACGCAAAAAAAAAUCGGUGCAGUGACUAGCGGAAAUUUGAAUUAUGUGCGUUAUAUUUUUCUAUGUAAAUUCCAGUCCGCAGAACGGCGGUUACAAGCUGAUAUUGGCCUCAAAUAGGGACGAGUUUUAUGCGCGCGACACUAGACCGGCAGGUACAUGGAUUAGUAACGAAUAUGUUUAUGGAGACUUUCUAGGCAUUGAUUUAGAACCGGGUCGCGAAGGUGGAACCUGGCUGGCUGUCUCUGGUAAAAAUGGUACAUUUAAGGUGGGAGCUUUGUUGAAUUUAACGGGAGAACCGAAAACUCGUAACUCUUUGGUUACAAACUGCUAUGGCGCACACAAUUGUAAUACCACUUCAACUUUAACAAAUGUUACCACUAUACCGUCAACCACUAUCAUUACAACAACAACAAAAACCUAUUCUAGUCCAACACUGCACAACAAUAAUAACUCUUUAUUAGGACGCGGCAUGAUUGUUACCGAUUAUGUCAGCAAUUUUAAUGAAGACUUUAACAAUAGCAAUUACAAUUGCCGUUUGGUGGAGGAUUGCUCCAAGUAUAAUGCCUUUAAUUUUGUAUCCUUGGAAAUAGGGUCUUCAUCUUCAGCAGCUAUCACACUUUGUAGUAACGUUCCUGCCAGUUUAAUUCACUAUCCGGAAGAGAAAUACUACGGCUUUGGUAAUAGUUUACCUUCAGUGCCGUUUGAAAAGGUUCGUUUCGGUCGUGAUCGCUUUCAAGCAAUUGUUCAGAACUACUUUAACUCUGACAAACCGAGCGACGAGAAUGUUUUAAUUAAGCAAUUAAUGGAUUUGCUAAAAUGUAAGCAGCGAUUUUGGCCAGACGCCGAACUAAUGCGUAGAGCACCCAAUUGGGGCGAACACUUGAGUGCCAUAAAUGUUGCUAUACCGAAUGAAGGUUACGGCAGUCGGACGCACACUGUGAUUUUGAUCGAUGCGAACAAUAGAAUGCAAUUUAUAGAAGAAACGAUGUUAUCCGAAGAUCCGACGGGCGAAUGGUCGUGCACUCACUUAAAUAAGCAAUUCUUUUAAAAACCAAAUAACGACCAAUAACGAAACCGAGUGAGAGUUUCUUUAGGGGGGCGGAGGGGUGAUUAAGCAAUUUUUUUAUUUCUGAAAAAAUAUACAAAUAAGUUUUACUUACUU